AUGUCGCGCGCCUCUUCCUCGCCCGACGAGCUGGACGCAGCACACCCACGAGCAAACACACACAGGGCUUCUGUCAGGUCCACAUCGAGCCCGGGCGAAUCGCCUGUCGUGGAGAUCUCUUCGGUGCUGAGAACACGAUCAGAUCGAGACGGCAGUGCCGGGCUGAUGAGACCUCCUGCGCUUCCGAGACACAUCCAACAAGCUAGGACGGACGAGAGGAUGAGCAAGAGGAGGAGAUAUGGACAGGCCAGAAGAUCUGGUCCAGGAGAUGAGCAGGAAGAAUGGCAUCAAGGCUUGACAGAUGCUGCUGCUGCCACUGCUUCUUCUUCUAGAAUUCCAAUGGGUCCACCCGCUUUACCUUCGCCAUCUCCCAGACCUAGCCCAAUGCCGCUCGAAAGUCCUGCCGUAAAGACGGAAUACUCCACCCCUGUCCCUGGAUCUGGCAUCCUCUCGCCAGAUCCUCCGCCCACAAACCGUCGAUUGGAUUUUCUUCGUGGCGGGUACCGAUCAGGUCACACGAAUGGAGCGAUGCUCGACGGAGCGUCUUUGAGACAUGCACUUGCGGAGUCUGUCGUGGCGGACGAGGAGGAGGAGGAGGAGGAAGAGCAGAGGGAGUCGAGAGAACCAGAGGAAGGGGAGAACAGUCCUUUGCUUGUCUUCCAAUGCGACGCUUGCGGCGUGGUGCUGGGUGACAGCUUUUCUUGGGUUGCUGCUCAGAGGGAGCUUGGACUUUUGGUUUUGUCCUGUGAGUGGCGCGACUGAAAGCUCACGCAAAGCUCAGCAUGUGGGACACAACGUGCUACAGGGUACAAGUCCUGCAGGCGACUGACGAGCUCCACUCAAACUGUUCCCUGCAGCUGCAACGGACGAAGUCGUCGUGGAUAGGACUUUUGUCACCUCGACCGAAGGAGGGCUCGACGUUGGCUCGUGAGUAGCAUUGAAUGGGCUAUUCAGGAAGCAGCAUCUCCUGGACCGCUUGCUCACGCUGGAGUGCUGUCUUGAAUGCGCAGAACCUACUCUUCGUUUACUUGUUCAUGCGGAGCCGCGCUAGGGCGAAUGUACAGGACCACCUCUCGAGCACUGGACGAUCUUCGAGAUGCGUAUUCUUUUCAAGUAACUCAGGUUCGCGUGUAAGUAGAAGCCUGGCAGAUCGCGUGUCUACAAGCACAGGUGCUCACGCCAUGGACGUUGCUUGGCGCUUGGCAGCUAUCAGCUCGGGACAGGCCAAGCCAACGCAGCUCGUGGACAUCCUCAGCGAGACUCUGUCGAGGCAGAAGCAGGAGACUUGACCGCAGAGGCCCCUAUGGCCGAGCCGCUCACAGCGCUAGCUUCGACACAUGGAGAACAACUGGGACCAAACGAAGUCUUUGACACGGUCGAGAGAGGCGCAAAUAGGCGAUACGUGACUCCGGUAGUGACGGGUGCUGUUGCUGGCAUCGAUGGUCCCGCGGGGCAUGGUCAAGCGCAAAGCGGUUUUUCAAGGACACCCGUGCCUCCCAGUCGCGACGAUCAACGAGUGAGUUCAGACGUGAUGAGCAUUUGCAUGAGUCCAUUGCGUGCAGUCAUCUCAUCCGAUUCGUGCCAGUCGAAGGCUUACCCCCCUCAAACACGUCCAUUUGCUCAGAUUCGAGUGCUUUUGAUGGGUAUAGGCGAGCGUCUGGUGAAGCUCGAGAGGCAGAUGGAGUCUUUGCAACAAGCUCCCCCUCGCUCCGACUUCAGCACUGUUCAAGCUGCCUCUUCGGCAGCACGGCCAAAGGCCGGGACUAUUCGCAGUCAUUCCACAUCCGAAGGCGAGGGAAGCGUGAUGAGUGAGCAGGUUCAGGAGAAUGGAGCACGGUGA